AUGGGCUGUACAAUUUCCCGGGCCGAGGCACACACACAUACAAAUGCGGUACUCACAAGAGCCAUGCGUGUUCCUCGGAGCUGGAUCCUAUGCCUCCUCCUCUUCCUGACGUCUUUCAUCCUGAAAUUUGCACUCUCAGCUAGCUGCGACGAAGCUCUGCUUGGAGUCAAUGAAUUGCCUGACUCGGCAUUCACUGCUACCAGCAAUUCCGAGACUGUUGAGCAGUCAAUUGCUGGACUGGGUCCAGGAGUGGACCACUCUGCGAAAACAGCCAGAGACAUGCUCACUGGAGGCUGGUGUCCCUCUAGGAAAGUCUCCACCAACCUCACAGACUACAUUCAAGUAGAUAUGGGAGCAGUGAAUGUCAUCACAAAAAUUGCCUUUGGACCACGCUCCGACGUUGCUUACACUCCCUCCUUUGUGAUUCGCUACAGACGAGAGGGUAGUAGCGACUGGCGUGAUUACAAAUCCUGCUCUUCCAAUUCCACCCUUAUCAUCCGCGGAGUAGGGAGUAAUCUGGAUCUCAAACUAAUUCCCCUAAAUCCACCCAUCGUUGCCCGAUGGGUUCGUGUCUACCCAUACAGUCGAACACCCAUGUUCGUCUGUGCCAAAUUUGAAUUUUACGGCUGCCGAUUCUCUGACGAAUUGGUGGAAUACAAGAUUCCAGACGGCAGCGAUUUCUAUCUAAGCUCCUUCACCAAUCCCCUUAACCUCCAUGACACCUGUUACGAUGGUCAACGGAACCCUCGUGGUGGCAUUUUGCACAACGGCGUAGGUUGUCUCGUCGACUCUCGCAUCUCCACAUCGACUAAAGCCCUUCAGUUGCCACCAUGGGAACACGACACCGCCUCCUCUGCCAUUGCCGCAGCCUCGGCAAUGGACUGUCUGGUGGGCUGGAACCGCUCACGGUGGGAAGAGACUCGACGAUCAACAACAACAGCAGUGGAUCUUGUUUUUCGGUUCUCUGGACUGCGAACUUUCGACGCGCUUCAUCUCUACGCGCUGAAUGUACCAUCGCGAAAGAUUCGAAUGCCCCGACGAAUAGAAGUCGCAGUGAGUGUGGAUGGAUUGACAUUUUCUGCCACACCAGAUGCAUUUCUGGAUGUCCAAACCUUCUCCUCCGAACCGUUGAUUGUGGACCUUAAAAAAAAGAACGGACGGGUGGUCCAAGUGAAGCUCUUCUUCGAUGACGAAUGGAUUGUUCUUAGCGAGACGCGAUUUAUCAGCGUUGCGGGAAAUAAAAAUGGACUCAGUGGUUACGCAGGAGGUGAGGACUCUCCCAAUCUACGGUUCGACGAAUCUGCUCAAUACAUCAACAAGCGCGAUACAUUCAGUACGAUGGACAACGACAUGUAUGAAAAGAUUUUACUUACCAUGUGCUGGGUAUCUCGAAAAAAACCUUUUCCCUCUUCGUCAUUGAUGGAGACACAGUAUCUUCCAGCCGUGGACAAGACCAACGUCAAUGACGGCAAUAACAUCAAUCACAUUUCUAAAGCGGGCGAUGUUGACGACGAGGAGGAAGAUUUUGAAAACCUCAUCAACGAAGCCAAUGGAGGUCCCCUAAGAGUCAUCGAUCCACCUCCCUACCAGGGACCUACAAUGCUCGUUCUUAUCCUCGUCUUCCUCUGCUGUUUCAUGAUCCUACUAGUCGGUGUGGCCUGCUUCUCUAUCGCGUGGAUGCAAAAACGACGCAAAAAACGCCACCAGGAUUCGCGAAGUGAACUACAGUCCGCGAAUGGGAAAUUGUUGAAGGCUCAGUCUGGCAGUGUGGGUCUCUUUCGGUGGCCGGGUCUCUCAAUCACUAACGGCGGUGGUGGUGGCUGCACCACGGCAAAUACUGUUUCUCAGCCAUCGUUUGACGGUGGUUUGGGAUAUGUGGCAGUGGCUAAUACAGAUCCAGGUCUUCGUGACGGCGCUUUCUUCGCUUACACCGGUGUUCCCGCUCUUCCAGUGGAGCAGAAUGGAGGUAGUGGGGUUAGCGGUCGUCCCCUUGCAAAGCGCCUUCUCACCUCUAUGGCGGUAAAACUCUUUCGUUCACGUUGCGCGGGAAAGCCCAGUGCGGUGCGAAUUUUGUCUCCAUCAGCUCACCAAUACGAGCAAGUGCUGGCACAGUCCGCGCACUCCUCGCCUGUAAUGACCUCCACCGCCACCGCUGCCUUUCAACCACAGCCCUCCGCACCCAUGCGAAAUGAGGCAGCCCUACCGUCUUUCCCUGUCACUUCGCUCCCUGUACACACAGCCAACGGGUUGAUUCAAAUUGAUCUCAAGCGCAGCCAUCCCUCUCUUAUUGUAAACGGCCAUCCUCUGCUACAAUUUCAACAACCACAGCAACAACAACAAAGCUCCGAUAACAACAACCGCGGAGCAAACUAUUUUUCCACCUUUAGUAAUCGCCAGCAUGACUCUUCCGUAGUGUAUCAGAGCGUUCACGGUGAAUCCGAUGCUGAUAGUCUGGCUGCAAGUACAAUGAGUCCAGAAUACGCAUCAGCAAGCCUUCUUGGUGGACAGAGUGGAAAUGGGCUGCCCUUCAUUGCUGGAAUCGGAGGAUGGGGAGUCGGAGAAUACUCUACGGCGCAUCGACAGUUGGUGGACGCGGCUACAUCGACUCAGGCGAUACUUCAACAACCAUUCUACGCUUCGCCUCCUCUAUAUCAACAUCAGGGCCCCGCUUCUGCCAAUGCUGCUGCCGCCGCAGCUGCUGCGUAUGCUUGGACAUCACCGACGGGCACGUUCAUUCAAAGAUCCCUAUCGCAACAACAGUUCCAUCAACCCUUUUGGGCUACCCAAACCGUAAGCCAAGCGGCGCCAAUAGGCCACGAAGUGGCCUCAUCGACACAUUCAGGUGAAUCCUCGGACCAAUUUUCAGCCCGUAUCGGUGGUGUCAUCGGUGGUGGUGGUGGUGGUGGCAGCGGUGGUAGUGCCGGCGAUCCCCCCUCAACGAUCUAUGGCUUCAACGGACAGUCUUGA